GCCACACAGACAGCCCACACUUCGACAGAUUUUUUUGUGUGUCUUCGCUCAUGCGUGAUUUGACUCCAGCGCUGCUCGUCACUAUUUGCACUCAGACGCCUGUCGUGUGUCCGUGAGCGCGGAGUUGUGUGGAUCUGUUAGUCCCGUCAGCGACCAGCGCGUCCACGUCUCUGGUCGACACGCCAGAAAUUAGUCAGCUCCAAUUAGUUUCCAUUAACGAGGCGGUCAGAGGGGGGUCGUUUGCUGCUGGCGCUUUCUCCUCCGACUACAACCGCUGGGAUGCGUGAGUAGAAAGCCCGCCAGGCUCACUGACAGCACCCAAAGGUGUCUCCAGACAUGGAGAGGAUAGGGGUAUCUUUCCUGGACCCUUUGCAGGAUUACGAAUUAAUUCACCGGAUUGGGUGCGGCACCUAUGGAGAUGUGUUCAAGGCUCGUAACAUCAGGACAUCUGAACUGGCAGCCAUCAAGAUUGUCAAGCUGGACCCUGGUGAUGACAUCACAUCUAUCCAGCAGGAGAUGACGAUGAUGAAGGAGUGCAAGCACAAAAAUAUCGUGGCCUUCUUUGGCAGCUACCACAGGAACACCAAGCUGUGGAUCUGCAUGGAGUACUGCGGUGGAGGGUCACUUCAGGAUAUUUACCAUGUGACGGGCCCAUUAAAGGAGAAACAGAUAGCAUAUGUCUGCAGAGAAACCCUCCAGGGACUGUAUCACCUGCACGAAACGGGCAAAAUGCAUAGAGACAUUAAGGGGGCCAACAUCCUUUUGACGGAGCGAGGAGAUGUGAAAUUGGCUGAUUUUGGAGUGGCAGCAGAGAUCAGUGCCUCGGCGGCCAAAAGGAAGUCUUUUAUAGGAACCCCCUACUGGAUGGCUCCAGAGGUGGCUGCAGUGGAAAAGAAGGGUGGGUACAACCACCUGUGUGAUAUCUGGGCCGUCGGCAUCACUGCCAUUGAGCUGGCUGAGCUCCAGCCGCCCAUGUUUGACCUCCACCCAAUGAGAGCACUGAUGUUGAUGUCCAAGAGCAGCUUCCAGCCUCCAAGGCUCAAGGAUAAGUCCAAGUGGUCUGCAGGUUUCCAAAGCUUUGUCAAGAUGGCUCUUAUUAAAAAUCCUCGUAAAAGGCCCUCAGCUGAGACACUGCUGCAGCAUCCAUUUGUGACACAGCUACUAACCCGUAACCUAGUCAUUGAGCUGCUGGACAUGGCCAACAACCCUGAGCUCCACUCCAUGCACAUAGACAACCUGGAUGAUGCCGAGCUGGAGGCUGGGGAAAUUGCUCCUGACAAGAUUCAGUCAGCAGGGAAACACCUGCCUGCAGAGAGGACCCUGUCUGAAGAACAAUUUAACCAAGUGAAGUUUGGGCCCCAACGGAGGAAAGUCACAGAGCCUUAUCCUGAUCUGCAGGGCUCUUAUGAUGACUGGAGUCUGUCUGGAGAUGAAGACAACUCACUGAGCCUGUUGGAAUGUGUGGAAGAAGCUCUGCAGCUGAGGAGUUUAACCAUUAAGAGGGCGCCAUCUACUGAUGGUGUCAGGAACAGCGGCUUGUUAAGUCCAUCUACAGCCUCCCUGCCACCCUUCAGCUCGCUAACUCCCAGCACAGAGAGCAGAGACCUGACACUGAGACCAAGCUGUACGCUCAGGCCUGACACCUCUGCUGGCUCUACCUCCAGUACAGUUUUGGCCAGGUGCUCAGCCACGCAGGACAUCAGGCAGCGCUGUGAUCCCUGUCUGCCUGUUGCAGGCGCUGCAACAGCAGAGAAGAGGAAGGUUGCCAGUGUCUCCUCUCCAAAAAGAGAAACAUCAUUAUCACCUGAAUGGAGCACACUGAGAAAAAAGACUGAGGACUCUAGGGCUGAUUGUCAUGGACUUCCUCCUACCCCUCAAGUCCAUAUGGGAGCCUGCUUCUCCAAAGUCUUCAAUGGUUGUCCUCUUAAAAUCCACUGUGCUGUCACCUGGAUUUUACCCAAGACAAGAGAUCAGUACCUUAUCCUUGGGGCAGAGGAGGGCAUCUACAUACUGAACCUUAAUGAACUUCAUGAGGAUACACUAGAGAAGCUGCUCCCUCAGCGUUGUACAUGGCUGUAUAUCAUGAAUAAUGUGCUGAUGUCUGUAUCAGGAAAGUCAUCCCAGCUUUAUUCCCACAGUCUGACAGCUCUGUUUGAACAGAGAGGACAUGUGCACAAGAGACACGGCAGUCUGUCACUCGGCACCAACCGCUUCACUGAGAGGAUCAGCCACAGAAAGUUUGCCAUAUCUGUGAAGAUUCCCGACACUAAAGGUUGCAGGAGAUGUAGUGUAGCAAGAAACCCGUACACAGAGAGUACAUUUCUAUGCGCAGCAGUUCCAUCUGGCCUGGUUCUGCUGUUGUGGUAUGAGCCUCUCCAGAAGUUCAUGCAUCUAAAGCAAAUAGCAAUAAGGCUACCGGACUCUCUGCCGAUAUUUGAGCUGCUGGUGUCGGUGGCAGAUGAAUUCCCCCAGCUGUGUGUUGGGGUGAGAGACUGCAGUAAUGGCAAACCACCCACCAGCCAACAGCUCAAGUUUGAUAUUAUAGAAGUGAGCGGCACACCUAUUUCAGUACCAGAUAGUGGAGCACUCAGGGCAGUACAGGUGACCCAAAUGGACAGAGACACUGUUCUCAUUGCAGUAGAAAAAACCGUUAAGAUUGUGAACCUCCACGGGCUUCCAUCCAGAGAGCUGGCUGCUGAAAUGGUCUUUGACUUCCCCAUCGAAACUUUAGUCUGCUUACAGGACAGCGUGUUGGCUUUCUGGAAACAUGGACUUAAAGGGAAGAGUUUUCAUUCCAAUGAGGUAACACAAGAAAUUACAGAUGAAACUAGAGUAUUCAGAGUUUUGGGAACAAACAGGGACAUCGUCCUUCAGAGCAUACCAACACAUGAGCCCUCGGCACUGAGCAACCUCUACAUUCUGACUGGACAUGAAAGCAGCUACUGAGAGAAAAUCGAACUACUACUACUUCAAAAAUCACAUUGAAGAGAAAUGCUUGUCCUCUGUAACCCUAUGGUGGAAAUGACUGAAGCCCUACUGAUCCCACCAACUCUGUGCUGUGGAUGACACAUGUCAGUAUGGGGCUCAGUUACUUGCUCAGACUCAAACAGCACUUGGAUGUGCUAAUUAAAGCUGCAAAGCUAAUAUUUACAGUACAUGCUAUAACAAUCCACCUUCCCAGCCAGUGAGAUUGCAACAGAGAAGACAGAUGCCAUCGAUGUACUGCUGUCAGUAUGGCCCAUAGACAUUACAUCUGUGCUGUUACACAUGCUUCUGAACUAAUGUUUUGAAGCUUUACUUUGGGUCAACAGUUUGCUGCCAUCUUGGAACCCGAACAUUUGGUCAAAUGGGAUGACAUCACAAACUUACUACAACCAUUUGGCGAUUAAAGGAAUUCUCCAACAAUAAUGUUGACGUUUUAAUAUCAGACAUUCACUACUAUUGAUUUGUGGCUAAUUUGCUACAGGGAGGAGCUGUAGUCCAUGUGUAAUAUAACAUUCUAAUUCAAAAUGAACAGUCAGGAAUCCACGUUAGUAUAACCCCAACCUCUGUGUGUCCCACUGGUCCAGCAAACUGUGAAGAAAUACACACUUCCACUGCAUCAUUCUCUUGGGAGACCUGAAACAGAAAUUUCAGCAAUUACGGUUGACCUGUUGACUGGAAUACUCUUUGUGGUUGUACGCUAACUGAAGAACUGACAGUGAUUUUUCUUGCCAGCACAACAUUAGAUACUCUCAAUAUAUAAACAGAGAAACAUAGAAUAAUGUCAAUUGUUUUAAGAAGCAUUGAUGAAACAAACCUUUUAACAAAAAAUACAUUGUCUGGUUGAAGCUAGCUUGAAAACACAGAAGAACAUUAUUUAGAAUAUUAGAAAGUGUACAUAACCAAAGUCAUUUUUCAAAUGUAUAUUUUUUUAUCUAAGACUGUCAUUUUGAAAAUUACAUUUAAAUGUAUUUUGAUUAUUGUAAAUGUGCUAGCUUAGCAGCAUUUACAUUUUGCACCACCAUGUUGAGAGAGCGUUAGGUUCCUUUCCAUUGCAGUCAUCCAUGGGUGUCAAACAGAGCUUUAACCUGCGGCUCCAUGUUCCUCAUCCAUCACUAUUAAUAAUUCAGCUCACACAUAGCCUAAAUGUACAGUUGAUUACUUGAGGUCAUGUAGAAACUGAAUGCAAACAACUGUACUUUUGUUUGACUAAAAUGCAAGUUCCACUACAUUAGAUUACAUAAUGAUAUUUAUGUUAUUUAUGGAAAGGCAAUGUAACACUCACCUUUCCCUGAGGGAUACUUGAAAGACAAAUAUGCAUAUAAGUAUUGUUUUUUAGGACAUUUGUACUGUUAUUGUGUAUAAAUGUUUAUGUAUAUAACAAUAUUGUAUGCUGUGAUAGUAUGGAAAAUUGUAAUAUGC